CGUUAGUUUCAAAUCAAGUUGGAAAACUUUUCCAUAAUCAUGGUGACCACCAAACGUCUGUCUUUGAUAGCAUUAAAACAAAAACACAUAUAAACAGAAGAAACCCAAACGCAAGCGCAUCAAAAACAGCGAAGCUCUGCCCAAAAGCCCCAAUCUUCAGCGGUUCAGCUUCAGCAUCCGGUGAAAAUGCAGGAUUCAAAGAUUCCCCUUUCGGAUGAAUUUUCGAUUCCCAAGUCACGGAAGAAGAAAGUCUCUGCCCAGAAAGGCCCCUUGUUUCAGGUACAAGGGAAUGAUGUGAAUGGGGCUCCUUCUCUUCCUCUAAAAGCUGGUGGGAACAAACCAUCCAAAAGGAACUUGAAGAGGGAAGUUUCCCCAAUGGUCCAGCAACCAGAGAGGUCAAACUCAAAUUCGCUGCCUGAUUCAUCUUCGUCUGGAAGCAACUACCGUGAGCUAAGGCUUAAGUACUUGAUGAUGGAGGAAGAGAGCUUUGCAGUGGGGAAAGAUCUACGAGAGGUUGAAGAUGAGGUUAAGACCCUUGAGGAGGAGAAGUUUGCACUCUUGGAUGAGCUUGUUGUGUUAGAAGGCCUCGUUGAUCCUUCAGAGUUGCACCCCCAGGGGUUGCAUUCAUCCUAGUUUAUUUCUUUGUACCAGUUUGUUUGAUUAAUCUGCACAAUUGUAUAAUAUGAUAUAAGGUCUCAAAGAUUAGGGAAUGAUUAUUGUUAAAACUUCAAAAAGAUUGUAUCCAGUUCCUUUAGUAACUCGGUAUAUGUAUUUGACUGCUUCAUUAGUUUUUCAGGUCUAAUGUUUGAUUCAAUAUUUGGUUGUUGCCCA